AUAACAAACCAACUUUAUAAAAGAAACGUUCGCAUUAUCUGAUUAAUUCUGGUCUUCAUAUCGAAGGGACCAGACAGUGCGAAAAAGUCGAAAAGUAUGUUGACCAAGUUGGUAUUUGUUUUUGUUUCUCUGGUAGCCCUAGCCGACUCAGGAAAUAUACCUGACUACAUCCACAUUUGCAGAAGGUCAGAUCCAGAAGUAGCGAAAUGUAUAAGAGAAUCUAUCGAAUUUCUGAGGCCACAGCUCAAGCAAGGCAUACCGGAACUAAAUGUGCCUGGAAUCGAACCUUUAUUCAUCAAGGAAGUAGCAAUUUUGAGAGGACAAAACAACAACUUCAAAGCGUUCCUGAGGAAUAUUAAUGUUUACGGCGCCAGUAACUUUGAAAUAACAAAGCUGAAGUUGAACGUCGACAAAUUCACAUACCGCGUUGGUGUAAAAAUUCCCUCCCUAAUGAUGAAUGGUGAUUACGAUAUUGACGCCAAAAUUCUCGUGGUACCAAUCAAAGGAAGUGGUAAAUUCAGAGCGAACGCAACAAACUGUGAGGGACAAGCCAUCCUCAAGGCAGACGUGAAGCCGGAUGAAAACGGAAUUAAACGCUUCAAAUUCACUUCUUUCCUGUUCUCCAUCAAUGUUGGCGAUUACAAUAUCGAAUUGGACAAUCUCUUCAACGGAGAUCCAACUCUUAGUCAAGCAGCCCUUGAUGUCCUCCAUCAGAACAAGCAAGAAUUCAUUGCGGCAUCACUUCCUUUUAUCAAUGCAAAAGCAUCAGAAAUCUUUCUCGAAAUUGCUAAUUCCAUAACGAACACCGUGGAUUACGAUGAAAUCUUCCCCAAAUGAUUUUGUUUCUGUGAUUGAAAAGUUUCUUUUGCCUGGUUUUAAUAGAAUUUUGAUAUUGUUUUU